AUAUAAGCGCAGAAGCAUUGAGCCUCACCAUUUAUCCACACAGUAAUUUACAAUUACAAAUCCUUGAUAGCGCUAUCCACACAUUUUGCGUCGAGAAGCCGCUUGCGCUGGUGCUAAUACCCGUCAAUCUUGUGUUGAUUUAUGAAGCGUAUGCUGGUAAAUCGUCCGAGGUCUUUUGCACAGUGUAUAUAAAAAGUCUUUUGAAUAAAGCUCCGAGGGCCUUCCCCGAAAGCACAAGGGUUAUUCAUAAUGGGUUCCGUUCUGACUCGUGCUGGUUGCAAAAAAGGUGCGGCCAAAGGUGAAUUUGUUGAAGCUGUUGUUUGCAAAGAAAAUGAGCUUGCAGACAAUGAACUGCGGGUCUGUGACCUGGCCGGCGAGGGUAAGGUGCUGGUGGUGAAGCAUGAGGGCAAGGUCUCCGCACUGGGCACCAAGUGCUCCCACUAUGGCGCGCCGCUGGAGAAAGGCGUGGUAGCCAACGGGCGCGUGCGCUGCCCGUGGCACGGCGCCUGCUUCAGCCUGGCCACCGGUGACAUCGAGGACUUCCCGGGACUGGACGGCGUGCCAUGCUACCAGGCGGUGGUGGAGGCGGACGGCGGCGUCCGUGUGCGCGCCCGACGCGCCGACCUGCAGGCCAACAAGUGCUCACAACAGCUGGCCGGUCGGAAGGAGGACGGCCAGGACGUCAUUCUGGUGCUCGGUGGAGGCGGUGCCGGCGCCAGCUGUGUGGAGGCGGUCCGUAAGAGCGGCUUCACAGGCCGCCUCGUACUGGCCACACGGGAGAAGCACCUGCCCUACGACCGGCCCAAACUCAGCAAGGCGCUGGAUAUGGACGCCGAGAAACUGCGGCUCCGCACACCGGAGUUCUACAAGGCCGCUGACAUUGAGGUUCUGACGGAGCACGAGGCCGAGUCGAUCAGCGCUGAGGAGAAGAAGGUGCGCUUCACGAACGGCACCGAGGUCGGCUACACGGCCCUCGUGGUGGCCACCGGCUCCAGGCCCCGCACUCUGGAUUGUCCCGGCUCGGACCUGGCAAACAUCUGCGUCCUGCGCAGUCCCGACGACGGUAACGCUAUCGCCGGCCUCAUCCCCGGCAAGAACGUCGUCAUCGUCGGCACCAGCUUCAUCGGCAUGGAGGCGGCCUCCUACUGCGUGGGCAAGGCGGCCUCCGUCACCGUGGUGGGGCCGGGGGACGUGCCCUUCGCACGCUCGCUGGGGCCCGAGAUAGGCGCCAUGCUGCAGGGACUGCACGAGGAGAAGGGAGUGGUGGUGAAGAACGGUCUGAAUGUCACCGAGUUCAAGGCCGGGGAGGACGGCAAGCUGGCACAGGUGGUGCUGUCUGACGGCACGGAACUGCCGGCCGAUGUAUGCCUGCUGGGCGUCGGCGCUAUCCCCUGCACGGAGGUGCUCAAGGGCGUGGUGGACCUGGACGAACGCGGCUAUGUCGUGGUCGAUAAGCACCUGCGUUCCUCCGUGGACAGUAUUCUAGCCGCGGGCGAUAUCGCCUCUUUCCCUCUGUCUCUGGCGGAGGGGCGGCGCGUGGCCAUCGGCCACUGGCAGCUGGCUCACUAUCUGGGCAGCGUGGCCGGACGGAACGCUGCUGGAACACAGACGGAGGUUAACACGGUACCGUUCUUCUGGACCAUGCAGUACGGGAAGAGCGUACGAUACACAGGCUACUGUCCCUCGUUCGACGACAUCAUCUACGACGGCGACGUGGCCGGUCAGAAGUUCGUGGCGUUCUUCUGUCACGGUGACCAGGUGCAGGGUGUGGCCACUCUGGGUCGUGACCCGGCCGCCGCUCAGUGGGCUGAGCGGUUCAGCGCCGCUGGCUGCCCGAGCAAGCAGAGCGUGAAGGAUGAGCUGGCUGCGGCCGCUGAGGGUGAGCCUGCCGCUGAGAAGCAAGGCGAGUGAGGAGAGGCGGGUGUAGGGUGGAGUGCGGUGUGGAAGGAUGUGAGAAAGGUGACCGGAGAGAGUCGAGCCGUGAAUAAUGAUUUUCGAGAUGGUCACGUCAGUUUGAAAGAUAUCCAAAGCCAGAACAUAGAGCUUGUGUUACGAUGAAAGAUUGCGCAGUUAGUUCGGCCGCCGAGCGCGGUUGGAGGCCCCAAUUAUUUACCACUUAUUCAGCAGCGUUCGGGCUGCCCGUAUCGAUUUCAGGUGAUGGUGUUACACUUUCACGAUGUGAUUUUCGAGCACCGAUACCUUAGUGAUAGAAAAUACUCUGUUCGUUCUACUGGUUUUUGCUGCUGUUAUGCGCUGGACGAUAUUGGCUUGGUUGUAGUCACUUGUGCUGUUCUGUAGAUCCCCUCUGUUAUUAAUGCUAAUUCCGUUUUAGUUUUGUCUUACGCAUUUUAUUUUUGUCAUCGUUAUUUUGUUAUGCGUUUAUGUUAUGCCCAUUGGAUCUAUCUAUGCCUUGUUUUCUUUGAUUCCCAGUAAAGUCGACCUGUUAUGCUUAGAACGUCAUGACUUACAGCCCCGUUGUUUGAUGCGCAAUUUCGCUUACCUUGGCGUUUGCAGAUAUUUAUUUCUUCUUUUGGCACAACAUGGGCGUUACCAAGCCGUCGACCUCACGAACAAACUGUGCCUUUGUUGUAACUGGGACGCUAUUUAAAGUUUGCAUUGCAGAUGAGCCGGUUAUAUCGGCUUUAAGCCUCAUUGUUGUUCAGCGAUCAGGGCUUUUCAGACCUCGUGGUCGUCUUGCCCAGUUAUCUCGAAAACACCUCAUGAUAUCCUGGUUGUGGUUCGUGUUGUGUCCGAGGUGGUGGUGUCUCGUCCUGCUACAGUGACGCCGAAUUGAUGUCCAAGAAUUGACAGCUGCCAGUGUAAUAUGUGCUACAAUCAGAUGUCUCUAUUACUAUUUUGCCUUAUGUGGUGGAGAGGACAAUGACAAUCUUGUACACCGGUAUUUUAUAUUACUUCAUUCUGAUACGGCUAUUUUGUCGAUAUUUGCAUCGCGCGGUCUAGGCCAUAGUAACGGUUGUGAAUUGUGAUGUCAAAGGACCAAAUGUUUGUAAAUUAUAUUUAGCCGCUUGUAAAGGUAUUACAUAUUGCAUUUAACUGAAUAUUACACCCCUUCGUGACUCGUGAUAGCAUACGUUACCAAGUAACCGUGCUCUGAGAACCAAUAUAUUUGUAUAAGCACCUUCAAA